CCAGGAACGGUCCUGUACUGCUGGUCCUGAUGGGUAGCUUCAACCCCCCACACAUGGCCCACCUCCGGACGUUGGAGAUGGCUAAGGAUUUCCUUGUUCAACAAUCACAACGCGUCAUUGGGGGUGUGAUGUCUCCAGUGCACAACGACUACAAGAAGUACAAGAAGACUCUGAUAGACUACCAGGACCGGAGAGCCAUGGUGGAGUUAGCAACACAGAACACCUGGAUAAAGUGCAGUGUGUGGGAGGGCAAACAGAACUCCUGGACUCCUACCCGACAGACGUUGGAAGCGCUACAAGAGCAAGCUAGAGUUGAGCACAACGAGCCUAACCUAGUGGCUAAGCUAGUUUGUGGAGCUGACUUGCUGGAGAGCUUUAGUGUACCUGAUUUGUGGAAGUGGGAGGAUAUUGAUAAGAUACUGGGUAACCACGGAGUUUUACUAUGUCGGAGGCAGGGCAGCAAUCCAGAUCAGUUCAUCUUCAAACACGAUCUGUGCUACAAACACCGCAGCAACAUCAAGAUAAUCUACGAGCCUGUUAACAAUGACGUCAGCUCCACCGUACUGAGGACUUUGGCUGCCCGGAACUGCAGUCUUAGAUUCCUGACUACAGACUCCGUGUGUGACUACAUAUCAGAACGAAAGUUAUACUGUCCUGACCAAUAAUGUGCUCAUUGGUUUCGUAACUGUUUUCUCCCGGCACCGAUGCAAAUGAUGAGCAGAUACCCUUAUAUGGGCAUACUAUGAUGUUAGGAUGACUGCAUCUUAUAGCAGAUUGUUGUUUUGAGGUUUACUACAAUUAUAGUGAUUUAAUUCCGGAGUAUUUACCAAAUAGUUACAGACAAUUUAUAUGAGUUAGGACGAUGGUGUGUUUUGAGUGUGUUCUACUUUUAUAAACGUUCGUUAUCUAACACAGCGUGAUUUUUAAGCAUAUUUCAAAAUUCCAAUUUAUACCUUAAUGUGGAUAUCGAUUGAUCUUUUUGUUGAUUUUUUGUUUUUCAUUGAAUAUUUUAUUGCGAUUGCACUUUUUACCUGAAUUUAAGAUAAAAGUUUAAGGAGUAAAAUGUUAUAGUUGUACAGUAUCAUACCCUGCAAUUGUUUAACAUUUAAACCAAA